AUGAGUCCUGCUCAAGUUAACAAGAUUACUUAUAAUUUUCUCAAUAAUAAUUAUUAUUUUGCUACUACUGAAAGGGUUUGUCAGUUUGAUGGGUUUUUGGCUGCUUUUCCCGAAGUUUAUUUUCCUAAUUAUAAUGUUAAAUUAAAGAGUGAAUUAGAAAUAAUUUCUCAACUAGAAGCCAAAAAAAUUGAAGUCCAAGAAUACCAAGAAAAUAAACCAGUACGCUAUAAUGAAGGAAGUUUGGUCCAAGAAUUAGAGAGGUUAGGUAUUGGUCGCCCUUCUACUUACAAUUUAUUUGGUCGGGUAUUGUUAAAAAGAGGCUAUGCUGAAUUAAAUGAAAAGGGGCAAUUUAUUCCUACUCCCUUAGGGGCAUCAGUUAAUAAUUGA